CCAACCCUCUAUAAAUUGGAAACAUAUGCAUCUGAAGUUGACAACAGCAAGCAAGAAACAGACACACCCCAUCGCCAUGGAUUCAAAGAAGUCUAACAAAAUCAGACAAAUUGUUAGGCUUCAACAGAUCCUCAAGAAGUGGAGAAAGCUUGCCAACUCCUCAAAGACAAUGAGCAGAAGCAGCAGCAGCAGAAAGAGCAUCAAGUUUCUGAAGAGAACACUUUCUUUAUCCGAAUCCUCCAUCCCAAAAGGCUUCCUUGCCGUUUGUGUUGGAGAAGAGUUGAAGAGAUUUGUAAUACCAACAGAGUAUUUGGAUCAUCAUGCUUUUCAUAUUCUACUGAGACAAGCAGAGGAGGAAUUUGGGUUUCAGCAGACAGGGGUUUUGAGGAUUCCUUGUGAUGUUUGUGUGUUUGAGAAUAUUUUGAAGAUGGUGGAGGAAAAGAAGGAGGUGUUCUUCAUGCAGGAAUGCUGCUCAUCAGAGAACCGGCUUACUCCUUCUCACCACCAGCAAAGCCCAAUGUGCAGAUAGCUUUUGGA